AUGCUCAGACCUACCGACUCGCCGAAUGUUUCAGCUGCGUGUGAACCAUUCAGACCAUACGGGAUCGCACCUGGACUAGUUAAACAGGUCAGAGAGAAAUUUCAAAGCGAUAUUUCAAUGCACGAACUGUCCAAAAAUAUUAAUUCUGGUGUCAAGCACCAUUCAGCUACAGCCCGCCUUACGUGCGCUUAUGAAAACCUUCUACUUAACGACAAAGGAAUUCAGAGACAUAAUACUUAUCCUAAUAGGAGAAUCCAAUCUGCUGGUAGAGCUUCUGACCUGUCUACUCAUGCUAGCUUAACAGUUCAUAGAUUAAAUGGACGACCUCGAACUGAAAGCUUUUUAAACACUUUGAAGCCAAGUAGGGAGAGCCCUGCUUCGCAGGUUAGCUUGAGAGACUGUGGCAAAAGUACUCCACCAGUUCACGCUAAUGAAUACAGAACACAAACUGCAAUAUGUGGACAUCGAGUUGAGAAUAUUAACGGAUACAACACUGUAUCAUCUAAUAUGUCAAGUGUUGGACGAGAUAAAAGUUUUUCUGGAAACCGUGAUUUGCUGAAUUUCAACGAGAAUAAAAACAAACCAAAAGAAUCAGAAUCAUCAUCAUUUACAAAGAACAACAUACGAACGGAUUUUAAACAUCCAGCGAUACUACCAAAGCCAUCAAAAAGUGAGUUAAACAAGGAUUCUCUUGUUGAUUUUAUGAUACCUAGAGGGUACCAAGGCAGCAAGCGAUCAAUUCAAUUCAUAUAUAGUGCUGAUGAACGUUUUUUUACUAAAAAGUCGGAAAAUCCUUCUACUGAGAACGCUAAAAGCAGAAGCUUAGAAGGUGGGUAUACUCUAUUCAGUAACCAGGCAUGUCUUGCGAAUCCAGAUCAGAAAAAUACAACUAUCAAUAUAAACACAAGAAACCAUACAAUUGCGAACCCAUUUGUCAGAUUUAAUGACAGUUACCCUAACCAUACUACAAUAAAAUCGAAGAAUGCAUCAAACAGUAAUUCAACUUCCGAUUUGUGGGGAAAGGAUGGUGAAGGUGAAAGGAUUAAAGUUUCUUCCACGUUUACAAAGUCUAAUAAACCUUUAGAAAGUAUAGCUUGUAAAAGAAGCACCACAAGUGAUACAACGCAAGCUGUCACAGAAACUGUUAACAGCAAUUCAGUUUGCCCCCGUUCUUCACACCUUAAUGGGAACCCUUAUCAUACAGCCCGGCCGGUAAUUGUUAAUGGACCCAAAACCACCAAACCUAUAUAUACAUCCGUAAAGUUAUCAUCCGUAUCCUCAACUUUACAACCUUUCUCCAAAAUUCAGUCUGGAAGAAACUUUUCACAAGUACAAAGGAAACUCUUCCAAAGUGAAAAUAGUAACUAUUCUGAGGCAGAAGACAGUUCGUUGCCCAUCAUAAAACCUGAGAAAUCACACAAAAAUUUAAAUGAUAAGGAAGACACAGAGAUAUUUACUGCAGUUAGAACAGUGCAACAAAGGAACACAGUGAGUACUGAAAAAAGUAAUUCAGUCCUAAGUAAAAGUAAAUUUAACUUGACCCCUGCAACAAAGCCAUCCAUCAAAGGCUCCAAAUUACCCGGAAACAUCUCUUCAAAGAAAGUGGAUGCCCAUCCCACAGAUAUUAGGGAGCCAAUUAAAUCCGCGGUUGUUGAUAUAAACGUUCCAAAUGCAUCAACAAAUGGACUUGAUGAAACAUCCAAGAACACAGUAGUCGAUCAAUCCCAUGCAGAAGACACAGAGAAAACCUAUCCAGGUGUAAAUAAUAAACAUCAUAAAGCAAAUGAAAAAUUGAGUAAUUUACCUUACCAUAAGCGACAGGUGAACUAUACUAUUUUGGACAGUGUCAUGGGUGAAAUGGAGCAAUUGUUCUCAGGAAAGCAGACAAAUACACAGAGCAAAUUGUCAAGAAUACAUAGCUUUGCCAGAGAAAAGGCUAUGCAAUGUAGAGAAGAAAGGGAAAAUAACGAACAUAAUGAUGCAAAUGAUAGUAACCUUGCAAAGACCCCAGAAGAAGGCAGUGUGGAUAAAAAUUAUACUACAGCUAACGGUUCAGACAGUUACAGCAAUAUUGAAACUAUUUCCUCUGUCCCUCAACCCAAGAAUGAAAGACAGUCCGAGGGCUUUCAAGCAGCAUUGAGAGCAGUUGAAAAAAAUCUCAAGCUUUUUUCUGGAACUGAAGAUUCUCAGAGCCUAAAGUCAAAUAAAAUAGAUGAUGUAUCUGAAAAUAUAAUUAAAGAUGGAAGUAACAGUCAGAUUGUUUGCUCAGCAACAGAAAAGCGUUCAGCAGAUCCAUGCAACCCUACUCACGUUAAAAUAGUGAUAAAUAAUGGUGAUAAAUUUAAAAAACAUCAAAAUGUUUUAAAUCAAUUCAAUUCAAUUAAAAUAACUACUUUAACAAAAGAGUCAAUUGUACAAAAUGAUCAAGUCAGUGAAGAUCAAAGUAACAAUAUCAAUCAAUUUGUUGAUAGUGAAAAUCAUAGCGAUUCUAGUGUUACUGAUUCUCAACAAUUGAUAUCACAUCCAAGAACAUCAUUCCCUCGUCCACAAUGGUCGCAAACUCUUAGCUCUUACAUGUGGUCUUCUGUUCAGAACAAUAAAACAUAUCAUACUCGAUCCUCCAAUACGAUGAACAGAUGCCUUAGUAAUACAGAUGGAAUAAAUAUAGAUCAAACUAUACCUGCCACACAAUUUUCUCAAAACAUAAGACAUUUCCCUCGUUUAUCAGCAGCUGAAAUUCCAUGUGAGCGACCUAAAUCAGCCCCGGUGAAAAAUUGUAUAAAAAAACUUAAUCUUGAUUGUAAAACUUAUUCUGUUCAUCAACCUGGUAUAUUGGCUAAUGGAAAUAUGAAUAUAUGUUAA